AAACCCUCCGUGGGGCUCGGGCGGCGGCCCCUGGCCGGAACCGGAAGUGGACCCCGAGCCAGUAGGGGAAGCCGGCGUCCGACCCGUCCGCAGCCUGCGGUGGUCCCCGGGGGCGGCGGCCUCGCUGCUGCCUGCGAGCCGGGCCCGCGGCCCGAGGGCGCGGCGCCAUGAAACUGUACAGCCUCAGCGUCCUGUACAAAGGCGAACCCAAGGCGGUGCUGCUCAAAGCCGCGUACGACGUGUCCUCCUUCAGCUUCUUCCAGAGGUCCAGUGUUCAGGAGUUCAUGACCUUCACGAGUCAGCUGAUUGUGGAGCGCUCAGCGAAAGGCAGCAGAGCUUCUGUCAAAGAACAAGAAUACCUGUGCCACGUCUACGUGCGAAACGACAGUCUGGCAGGAGUGGUCAUUGCUGACAGCGAAUAUCCAUCCCGGGUGGCCUUUACCUUGCUGGAGAAGGUUCUAGACGAAUUCUCCAAGCAGGUGGACAGGAUAGAGUGGCCUGUCGGGUCCCCUGCCAGCAUCCACUACACCGCCCUAGAUGGCCACCUGAGUCGAUACCAGAACCCCCGAGAAGCUGACCCCAUGACUAAAGUGCAGGCUGAGCUGGACGAGACCAAAAUCAUUCUGCACAACACCAUGGAGUCUUUGCUGGAGCGAGGGGAGAAGCUAGAUGACCUGGUGUCCAAAUCCGAAGUGCUGGGAACACAGUCUAAAGCCUUCUAUAAGACAGCCCGGAAACAGAACUCGUGCUGUGCCAUCAUGUGACAGCAGCCCGCGGAGGCCCCUGUGUCCGAUGCCCUGGCCGUUUGCAGCAGAGCCGGCGUGGGAAGACCCUCGUGGGGACAGAUCUUGCUUUCACUGUGGGGCUCCUGGCAGGACCUGAGGGCCGGGGGCGGGCUGGGGGAAAACAUUCACAUUCACAUGUCUGCCGAUCUCUGGAAAGGUUGUUCGAGGGUCCCAAAGCUGUAUUCUCGGGCCAGAUGAAACCAUAAACUCUGAGUGACUCACA